AUGGCCGGUGCUCGCCGCGAGCGCCUCGAUGACGGAGAUGUGGAGCUGAUUUUCGGCCAGGAUGACAAAGUUCACAUCAUUGCCAUCUACAACGCCACUGCUCGGCUGCCAUUUGUGAUGCCAUACGCCAAAGUUCAAACAAACAAACCGGCCCUCUCUCUCAAGCCUUCCUACUACAAGGAGUCAGACCUGCUAAACCUUUCCUUCGUGGAAGACUUUUGUUCUUCUCAGCAGCGCUACAUUUCGGACGACAUUGUCGCCGUCUAUGCCAGCGACAAGACGAUCGGCGGCUUUGAGAUCAUCAACAGCCGCAAGGACCAGAAGUAG